AUGCGCCCUGCUCCGGCGCCUGCCUCGACCCUCCCCAGCAGAGCAACAGCAGCACGUGAGCCCUUCUCCCGCGCCUACUCGGAUGCCGGCGGCGACGGCGGCGGCCCCAGCGCGCGGGGUCGCCUCUCCGUCCUCGAAGACGUCAAGGAACGCCUGCGCCUAGACCAGUCCGAAGGCACCAUCACGAUCGACGCCGACAACAAGACGGUCGACACCGCGGCGGGCAAGCUCCCCUCUCGCCCCCCAGAUGCUCGCCUCCCCGUCCGCAAUUGCGCCAUGACCCGCACCCGACUCCCCCGCGAUUUCCUCCAAGAGUUCCGCCCCGUCCUCGAGCCCACGACCCAGCAGCCCUGUCACCCCCACUCCGACGACACUACCGCCAUAGUCAAGGGCAGCCGCGGCCCCGUCGGCUACCUCCUCGCCCACCAGAGCGUCACGACCCCGCCCCCGCGCCAGACCAACUUCCGCCACGCCGUCUCGCGCAGCCUGACGGCCACGAAACCCUGGAAAAUGAACCAGAUGCCCGGCAACGGGCCCCGUGUGGCGAGACGGCAUGAACGAGAUCCUGCUCGACAUGAUGAGGCGCGACGCCGCCGCCGGCCUGCGGGAACUGGCGCGCUUGAGGUCGCUCCGUCCGACGACUCGCCUUCCUUUUACUCGACCUACGACGUCGAGGGCGUGCGCUUUGGAGCCAAGAUCCCCGUCCACAACCUGCGCGUCGUCCUCGGCCCCGCGCACUUUGCCGAGCUGCGCGCCGCAUCGCCCAUCUUUCGGGACACGCACAUGGCGUUGCUCGCGCGGGUGAGGUCGACGAGGGUGCAGAAGCUGUUGUGGCGUAUUCAGGGAUACAUGGCAGUACGCACACAUCCAUUUGAUCCAACCUCAGACGUCCAACGCGACAACCCCGAAAUCAUCCAACCCCCGCACCCUUCCCACCCCACCUCCCACCUCCCCAUCAUCCUCAUCCACGACGGCGGCGGCACCUGCUUCGCCUACUGCUGCCUCGACACCGUCCCCCGCGCCAUGUACGGCAUCCACAACCCCCACUUCUGGUCCGGCGACCCCUGGACCGGCGGCAUCCCCGAAAUGGCCGCCGCCUACACCAAAAUCAUCCGCGCCCUCAGGUUCCUCCUCGGCGGCUGGUCCCUCGGCGGCAUCCUCUCCCUCCAAAUCACCAAAGAACUCCAAUCCACCCCGGACCCAGACAUCGAAAUCGCCGGCCUCCUCCUCAUCGACAGCAUGUACCCCGUCUCCCUCUCCCCCAACGGUCCCCCUUACGUCCCCAUCUCCUCCUCCCUCCCCGCCCUCGCCCCCGGCGCUACCAAGACCCAGGUCCUCUCCCGCGCCUGCAUGACCAAGGCCGCCGCCAUGCUCCUCGCCUGGACCGCCCCCGUCCUCGCCCACCCCGUGCCCCCGCCGUCCUCAUCAAGGCCCGCGACGCCAUCCCCCUGGGCCCUCACCCUCACCACAGGUGACGACGGCGUCCAGACCACCACCGUGAGCGCCAUCGACACCCACCGCGCCGAUCGCGAGCUCGGCUGGGGCCACUACCGCCCCGGCUGGAUCCGCGCCGUCUACGACGUCCCCGGCGACCACUUUAGCAUGUUUUCCAUCUUCAACGCCGAGGCCAUGACUCCCGUCGUCGAGCGCGCCUGCCGCACCCUCGAGAGCCUGGCCGAGCGCGCCUAG